ACCCUUCUUAAGAGAGUGACGACCGCAUGCUGGCUCAAAGGAAACAAGACGACCAGCAUCACACAGACACCAUUCUGCUGUACAGAACGCGUUAUUUAUUCGUAUGUGUGUCACUGGGACAAUAUGAAAGGAUACAUUAAGUGUGCGUGCCUCUUUGUAACAUGGUUUAUUGUUACUGUGCAAGGACUUUCUGUCGACAGAGACAAACGAUCCAGGAGAAGACCUAUCAACCUUGUUCAUGAUUUCGACGUGGAGGGAUUUCUCAAAGAUUUCGGUUACAUGGAUAAUAUCCCAGCAGGAAUCAUGGGCGAUAAGCUGCGUCCAGUAUUUGACAGAGAUUUGCAGGUUAAAGAUGCGAUCAAAGACUUCCAGUAUUACUAUGGUUUGAAGCAAACCGGUGAAGUUGACCAUAAGACGAUGCGGAUGAUGAAGUUACCGAGAUGUGGAGUACCUGACAAGGAACGAAAUGUUGACAUGCGCAGGAAAAGAUCGACUGCCCACCGAUACACGCACCUCGGAUCGAAAUGGGAGAAGACUUCCCUCACUUGGAAGCUGACGAGGCCCACCCACAAGCUGAGAACAGAUGAUCAGAAAAGGACGAUACGAGAAGCGUUUCAGAUAUGGGAAAAUGUGGCGCCUCUGAGAAUCACGGAAACAGCCGGGAACCCGGAUAUGGAGAUAUUCUUUGCUCGUGGUGAGCACGGAGACGGCAAGGCCAACUCGUUCGAUGGAAGAAGUCGAGUCCUCGCCCAUGCGUUUGGUCCGGGCAAAGCGAAGAUCUCAGGGGAUGCACACUUUGACAACGACGAGGACUGGACAUUGAAAUCAGACCAUGGGUCGGACAUGUUGGUCGUAGCUGCUCACGAGUUCGGCCAUUCCCUCGGCCUCGGACACUCACGAGACCAGGGGGCGCUUAUGUUCCCUGCGUACAGGGGUCAGGACGCACUGACCCUCGGACAAGAUGACAUCAGAGCAAUACAGAUUCUUUACGGUUCCCGUCCCGGAUAUACAGUGAAUCCUCGACGGACCCGUCCGCCGCCAGCCACCCGUCCUCCACCCCGUACCCGCUCCCCACCCCGCACCCGUUCCCCAUACCGCCCACCAACCACUCCCGCCCCCACCACGACUACACCGUCACAGCCCUGCAGUGUAGACUUCGACUCCAUCGUAGCCGGUCCCGAGAGGUUCUACUACGCCUUCAAGGCGGGGUCCGUGUUCAAGUUCAAUGACGACGGCAUGGAGGAGGGCUACCCCAAGCGCGUGCAUGAGGUGUUCCAGGGUGCUCCAGAACAGAUUGACCUUGCUUUCUCAGUUGACAGAACAGAAAAAAUCUACAUAAUUAAAGACAAGCAGGUGUGGCGGUACACGGAUCUGACCCUUGACGAAGGCUUUCCAUUUGAGUUCCGACGGGAACAUUUCCCCGAAGCCCCCCGUUUCACCAUGUCCCUCGUUGAUGACAGAGGCAAGGCGAGGGUCAUCAUGUUUGGGGCGACACAAUGGUGGUUCUACAGUUUCGACAAAGUUCAGGACUCGAGGCCAUUGCCCUACCAGAUCUCGAAAAACUGGCGCGGAGUUCCUAGCGAUGUCCAGUACUCGGUCAGAUGGACCGACAACAACUACUACCUGAUCACGUCCAAUGGUCACGUGGUAUUUGACCACAACAGGCGCGUAGCCUCACAGAAUGGCUUGGUCAGUGGGAUUCCACCAUGGAUGGACAAAGCCUGUGUUGCUAUAAUGGCUAGUCCUAGUGCCAGCGGACACUUGGAACCAUUGGCGCUCAUCACCAUAGUGACCAUGAUGAUCAGUCGGCUACUGAUGUGAUGAUGAGGUUAGACGCGAGACUGGUGUACAUCCUCGAGUAAACCACAAGAUCUUGUAUCAUCUCCAGCAAGUCUGACUGAUCAAAAGUAGGCGGACCUCAACGCAAGCAAAAAAACCAUGCGUUUUGUGCCUUAUCGAACUACAUUCUCAUGGUGCUUUCAUACGCCAAACAAAACUCAGGAACGGGAAAUAAUGGAAUACUCUUUGAAUAUUUCCAAGAUUAGAGUAUAAAUGCCGGUAUUCCAACUGGUGGGAUAUAACUGAUUAUAUGAUUUCCUAUGUGUAUUUGGAAGGAUGUCAAUAGUUAUUUUCACGUCGCACAAAGAUUAUGUGAUGAUAUGUUUUCGUUCUUCCAACUUGUACUAGCCAAAACAGAGAUUUUUUCUUUCGUUUGAUGACUGGUUAACUGAGUAUAUUGAUAAUCAUAACGCGAUAAACAUAUUAUCAUUGGCCAAGGCUGACUUUACCAUUGCUUCGGCUAACAUUAAGUUUCGAAAUCAACAGGCAAUGGCAAUGGUAACUGAAAACAGAAACCAACCUCUUCUAUGUAGGAAUGUUAUAGCCAACUAGGUUAUUUCAGGCCUGUUGCCAUAUUCAGUAUGACACAAUCAAAAUGAUGCUUUUUAGAUGUUUAGAACGUAUUAAUUCUGUUAUACCAAAUUUCUAACAUGUGAAAAACAUUUUCUAGGAUGAACGAGGAAUAACAAUUGUUUCCCCUGUUGUAUGUCGUUGUAGCGUGUGUAUGGAGUGUGUGAGUGUGUGUGUGUGUUGUAUAUUUAUUGUUCUCUCUGUGAUGGGAACAUGUUGAUGAUACCCCUUUCAAACAUCUCCCCCAUGUCUGCUGUGUCGCUACAGUAAAUAAUUACUUUUGGUGCGUAAUUUGGUUGAUCAAAGUUUCAUAACGGAAUACGAAACAUCACCACGUGUUCAUGAACCACCUUUUGUCUGAACGUUUGCUCAACUUAGUAAUUACAACUGAGGCCAUUUCCAAGAGUUGCGUCCCUUGGACAAACCAGGAACCGAUGAUCGAUGGUUCGAAUCCCGGUUCGCCCCGAUUAUGUUUCUAGGUUUAUCAGCACCAUACCCGUGCUCGUGGGUUUCACCGAAUUGGUAAA